AUGGAUACGAAUGUUGUUAUUGUUGGCGCAGGACCAUCAGGUCUGGUCCUGGGGCUUUUUCUCGCCCAGUAUCAAGUUAAGUCCAUUAUUCUAGAGAAGGAACACGAGAUCACCAGUGAUCCGAGGGGUGUGGUGCUCACAGGUGAUGCAUUGCGAUCUCUGUGGAAGCUGGGCUUGGGGAAGCGGAUGGCGUGGAUAGGACAAGGUGCCUCUGAGCCUAUCUUCCAUGAGUGGUUUCAAAUUCUAAUCGCCGCAUAUGCAACAAAAGAGGUCGCGCUGCGAGACCAGGUGGCAGCCUCGGAAUUCUGUACGCUCAGGUCCUCAUGUGAGGUUGUGGAGCACGAGCACAAUACAGAGGGUGUCACUGUCCAUUACCUAGACCCUGAAGAAAAACUCUAUCAAGUUCAUGCGCUCUAUUUAAUUGGAGCAGAUGGAAAACGAGGCAUUGUUCGUAAAUGCUUUCUUGAAAAGUCCGCCGGCAUCCGGCAGGAGACUGGAAUAUUCGAGUACGAGGGCACUUGGAUUGCGGCGAACUUAAAGAUAACUCUCCCAACGAGGAAAUCUCACCCAGAGUUCCCGCUAUGGAAAUUUGGAUACACCGAGGAAGCGGUCUAUGAUCUAUUCUGGCCAGCCAACUGGCACUUUUGCCGACCACCAGGGAAGCCGGUGGCGUGCGGGCGAUUUGGCCCACUAUCGGAGCGACUAUGGCGACAUGAAUUUGCUGUUCCAGAAUGGAACUACAACGAUGACGACGAAUCGUCAGAAGCGCAUAACAUAUUCUGGGAACACCUCACUCCGAUGAUCACACGAACCGUGCGUGUCUCAAGGGGAGAAGCGGCCACCGUCACCUUUCCAAGUGACUGCAUCCAAGUCCUUCGCUGCCGUCCAUUCCGCUUCUCUCACAAAGUUGUCAAUCGAUGGUACUCUGGGCGCAUCGCUCUUAUUGGAGAUGCUGCCCAUGUAUUUCCCCCUUUGGUGGCCAGGGUGUUGCCUGUGGGGUUGGGGAUGCCGAGGGCCUAG